GCAGGAAAGUCCUUUUUUCCUCAUCCGUUCAUAAACCUUCACUUCCUUUCGAAAUCUCAUUUUUCUUUCUGGGUAAUUCCCAUUUCCCAAUCUUUCUAACAUUUCCUUAUAAAUCCUACAUGUUUCUCCCUCUUGUUUUUGCUUCUUCGUACCGAAUCUAAUAGUGAAGAAGAAAAGUUCAGUUUUUGAACAAAAAUGAAAAACUCCAAGAAAGAUUCGGAACUGGUGUGGGAUCAGAUUCCCAUGAGAAGCUCGUCAGGCAACCCACUUGUUUCUGGACACCCGACACGACCAAUCCCUAAGGUCAUGGUCUGGUUGAUCAUCUUCGUUGUAUUUACCUACAUUGUCUACACACUCAGUCUCUUAACAACCUCAGCUCAGCGAACCAUGGAAGAUACCCCAUUUACUUCUUUGCUGCUUCCCAACAAAACAAGCUUCCCAUCUCCGCCGUUGGUUCUCAAACAAACGGCUGUGAUAUCGCCACCCAGUUUCGGCCGUCGUGAUGUCCGAGAAAACCAAGCGGUGGCGAUGGAAAUGGGUCCAAAGCAGACUGAGAUUCAACAUGUUGUGUUUGGAAUAGCAACUUCUUCAAAUCUAUGGCAGCAGAGAAAAGAGUAUAUAAAGAUUUGGUACAAGCCGGACAAAAUGCGCGGCGUAGUUUGGCUAGACGAUCACGUUAAAUACUCGGCCGACGAUAAGCAAACCCUUCCACCGUUUCGAGUCUCCAGCGACACUUCGAAGUUCCCUUACACGAACCAGAAGGGUCACCGGUCGGCGAUUCGGAUCUCUCGGAUCGUGACGGAGACGCUGAGGUUGAAGAUUGAUAACGUGAGGUGGUUCGUGAUGGGAGACGACGACACCGUUUUCGUAACGGAUAAUCUGGUUAGGAUUUUGAGGAAAUAUGAUCAUACUCAGUUUUAUUAUAUCGGUAGCUUGUCCGAAUCUCAUAUUCAGAACAUUUUUUUCUCUUACGGCAUGGCUUACGGUGGCGGAGGCUUUGCCAUUAGCUACCCAUUGGCUAAAGCUUUGGCAAGGAUGCAAGACCAGUGUAUUCAGAGGUAUCCCGGCUUGUACGGCUCCGAUGAUCGAAUGCAGGCUUGUAUGGCUGAACUCGGUGUCCCACUCACUAAGGAACUCGGUUUCCACCAGUAUGAUGUCUACGGCAACUUGUUCGGACUCCUCGCCGCGCAUCCGGUCACGCCAUUGGUGUCACUACAUCAUCUUGAUGUUGUCGAGCCUAUUUUCCCUAAUGUCACCAGGGUUCAAGCCCUUCGCCACCUUAUGUUGGCCGCUAAGUUCGAUUCCGCCGGGUUAAUCCAGCAGUCUAUCUGCUAUGACAAAGCUAAGGGUUGGACCGUCUCGGUUUCGUGGGGAUUCGCCGUUCAAGUCUUCAGAGGAAUCUUUUUGCCGCGGGAGAUCGAAAUGCCGUCGAGAACAUUCUUGAACUGGUAUAAGAGAGCGGAUUACACGGCGUAUGCGUUCAACACUCGUCCUGUUAGUCGAAAUCCAUGCCAAAAACCUUUUGUGUUUUACAUGUCAAGUGUGAAAAUAGAUUCUCAACUGAAUCAAACCAUGAGUGAAUAUGGUAGGCACCAUGCUCCUCACCCGCCUUGCAGAUGGAAGAUGGCUAAUCCCGAUGAACUUGAAACGGUUAUCAUCCAUAAGAAACCGGAUCCUCAUCUGUGGGACAGAUCACCGAGGAGAAACUGUUGCAGGGUCAUGGAAUCAAAGGAGCCAAGGACUAUGGUGGUAGAUGUGGGUUUAUGUAAGGAUGGUGAGGUUAGUGAAGUAUAGUACUGAUUGAUUUUAUACAGCUUCUGGUUGUUCUUACAACCUUAAACCCUGUCUUUUUAUUAAUUCAUAUCCCCAUGUGUCCAUUUAUUUAUAUCUGUCUGCAAAUGUGUAGAGACAGUGAUCAGGGGAACAAAC